CGUCGCUUGAAAAAGCAGCAGCGUCAUACACCGGCAAGCUUUGCGUGAAGAGGAGACCAAAGAUGGGCGAUCAGUUAGCGAGGGCCGAGGACUUCGAGAAGAAAGCCGAGAAGAAGCUCAAAGGUUGGGGUUUAUUUGGCUCCAAAUACGAGGACGCCUCCGAUUUGUUCGAUAAGGCCGCCAAUGCCUACAAGCUCGCCAAAUCAUGGGAUCAAGCUGGAGCAGCGUAUGUUAAGUUGGCAAAUUGUCACUUGAAGUUAGAUAGCAAGCAUGAGGCUGCUAAUGCUUAUGCUGAUGCUGCUCAUUGCUACAAAAAGACUAACAUAAAAGAGUCAGUUUCAUGCUUGGAGCAAUCUGUAAAUUUAUUUAUGGAUCUUGGAAGGCUUAAUAUGUCUGCCAGAUAUUACAAGGAAAUAGCUGAGUUGUAUGAGCAAGAACAGAACUUGGAGCAAGCUAUUUCGUAUUAUGAGAAAGCUGCUGAUCUCUUUCAAAGUGAAGAAGUAACAACAUCUUCCAAUCAAUGCAAGCAGAAAAUUGCUCAAUUUGCAGCUCAACUUGAACAGUAUCAAAAAGCUAUUGUGAUUUAUGAAGAGAUAGCUCGGCAUUCUCUCAAUAAUAACUUGCUGAAGUAUGGGGUUAAAGGGCACCUUCUAAAUGCCGGUAUUUGCCAGCUUUGCAAAGGUGAUGUAGUUGCAAUCAACAAUGCGUUAGAUCGUUAUCAGGAGCUAGAUCCUACAUUUUCUGGAACACGUGAAUAUAAGCUGCUUGCGGAUUUAUCUUCUGCUAUCGAUGAGGAAGAUGCUGCCAAGUUUACCGAUGCAGUAAAAGAAUUUGAUAGCAUGACUCGGCUGGAUUCCUGGAAGACAACACUACUAUUGAGAGUGAAGGAAGCCAUGAAGGCCAAAGAGCUGGAGGAUGAUGAUGAUCUUACUUAAAAUCCGACCCUUUUCACCAUAUUUGUCUCUGAUGAUGUGUCUGUUGUUUUUGGCCUGUAUCAUUUAUACAUACAUACAUAUAUACAUUGUUCUACCGCUCGGGUUUGGUUUGUGUACUUGAUGAUUUCAUAUUUGGAGUGAAAUUAUGACUGCAGAAGUGUGUUUGCCUUUUGAUUGUUGAAUUUCAUGUAUUUUGGGUUGAAUUCUACCCAUUUUAAGUUGGUGACUUUUAUUUGUGUGUGUGUAAUUUAUAUUCUGGAUUUUGAUA